GUGUUCGCUGCUGCAAGGUAUUGCUGACAUAUGUAACCCUCCUGGUCGCUGGCAUACGUGAUAUGUUGCUCUUCUGUAGUUAGGCAGUCCAUACAGUGAUCAAUAGCGUUAAUCCCCUAGUGGGGCACUGUGAUCAUGUUCCCAGCAUCAGAAAAGCCGCAGAACCCAUGGAAGCUGGUCUUGGUGGGACUUUUGGCGCUUGCAUGCGGAUUCCUGACCAUGAACUUCCAACAUAUCCUGCGGACAACGCACUUCCACCUCUCCCUCGAACACCACCACAAAAUGACGGCCUUCUGCGCCUUCACCGGCUGCAAGCUGGAAGAUCCCGCUGCCGCCGCCAAGGCUGCUGAGGAGGCGGCUGCAGCCGAGCGGCUGGCCAACACCACUCGCAUCAUGAUGACUCGGGUGUGCGGCUCGCCGGCAGUGGACGGCUACUCCCACGUGGUUCCCAAGUGCCUGGAGGACUCCCCCACCGCCCGCUGGUGGGCCGAGUACUACGCUGCGGGCGGCAAGCAGGCGGACCUGGUGGUGCACAUCGAGAAGCAGGCGGACUACGAUGGGCUGGCAGUGUUCUGGGGCAUCAACAACAAGAAGAAGUCGGUGGAGGAGUGCGCGGAGCACUGCAAGAACCACAUGCCGGAUGUGGUGGAGGGCCCCUUCAAGCACCUGCCCUGCAACGCCUUCGCCUUCUGCCCCGACGAGGUGUGCUUCGAGCCGGACGCGCACCACCACACCAAGGGCGACUGCUGGCUCAAGUUCACGGAGGGACCCGCCAACCCCGAGGUCAACAUGCGCGGCGUGCUGCCCGCCAGCUACCGCAAGCGCCACGCCACCUCGCCCAACGCGGUGCAGUGGCAGUCGGGGGUGCUGCUGCCGCCCGGCGUGAAGCUCACCAACGGCACAUGGGGGCCGCGCUGGUCGUGGUGAGGAGGAGGAGGUGGUGGUGGUGGGUGGCGGUGGAAGGUGGAGGUGUGGGGGGUGCAGUCGAGUGCAGGUGGCCCUGGUUGGGUGAGGAACAAGGAGAAGUGCAGCGAUUUUGGGUAAGGGAUAAGGGAAGGGGUAAGGGAAGCCUGGCGUUUUGGUAGUGGAAGUAGCAGGGGAAAGGGAGUUGAGAAGGACCUGGGUGUGCGAGGAGGUGGUCUGAUGCGACCAGGGGAUGCAAGGCAGGACAGCGCGUGUCGUCAUGGGUGUUACUAUAGUGUUGCUGUGCGUCUGUGGCCUUAACCACUCGAAACUGACUCGGGUGCGUGCGAAUACACACGCCGCGUGCCGGCCGCUGCGUUGGUGCAGGAGGGUGGGGGGGGGUACUGUACAUGCUACGUACCUUGUGAUUCACGUCUAUGGCUCGAUCUGUUAAAAUGCUGCGGAGUGGUUACAUCUUGAGUAUCCCUGGACAGCGCUGAUCCUCGACAGCGCUUUGGCUGCUGCCUUAGUGCCGGCCAGCUGAACGUGGACCGCAACAACGGGCAGUGCUUGCUUUGCCACAUGCGCUGCUAUUUUGAACCAUGUGACUCACGGCCUUGGGAAAGUCCUAUUGUGUCGUGACUCUAUGGUCAGCAUAUUACAGCGCAAUGCAACCAAGCGUACCAUC